AUGUUAGGAAUUCAGCAAGUACUCACUACAGCACAUCAUCCUCAGAGUGAUGGACAAACAGAGAUACUUAAUCAAACUACAGAAGUAGCAAUUAGAGUAUUCACUAACCCAGCUAAGGACAAUUGGAGUAAGCUUCUAUCAGGAUUUGCACAUUCAUACAACACAGGUGUGCAUACAUCCACACAACAGACACCAGCCUAUCUACUUCAUGGAUUCCAGCCUCUAACAUCAGCCAACUUACUGGCUCUUACCCCUGAGAACAUUCCUAGGCCAGCACAAGAAGGUCAAACAGCAGAGGAAUUCAAGGGAUCCAUGGACUUAGCACAAUCACUAGCUAAGGAUGCUCUCAAAGUAGCAUAG